GAAAGUGCGUCUUCCUCUUCCUGAAAGCGGUCACGCGCAAACAUUAAUAGUGCGUGCGCGCUUCCGUGAAACAUAGACAAAAAUGGCGGCCGCCGCCAAACACGCCUGUGUUGUUCCCCGAAACUUUCGGCUACUGGAGGAGCUGGAGGAAGGUCAGAAGGGAUUUGGAGAUGGUACAGUGAGCUGGGGCCUGGCAGAUGACGAUGACAUGACGCUAUCUCACUGGAAUGGCAUGAUCCUUGGUCCACCAAAGACUUCUUUCGAAAACAGAAUUUACAGUCUGAAAAUAGAAUGUGGACACAAGUACCCAGAACACCCCCCGCUUGUCCGCUUUGUUAACAAGAUCAACCUGAAUGGAGUGCACAACUCAAAUGGUGUGGUGGACAUAAAAACAGUGAUGCCGCUGUCUAAGUGGAAAAGCAGCUACACCAUCCGGACUGUACUGCAGGGGCUCAGACACCACAUGAUGACAAAAGAGAACCACAGACUGUCCCAGCCGCCUGAAAACCAGGUGUACUGCAACUGAGGCUCCUGCUGCUUUCCCUCCCUGCUUAACACAAACACAUUCACUCUCUCACACACACAUACACACACAUACACAAAACAUCCUUAAUGCUGAUUCUACCUUUUUCAAAAAAAAAAACAAAAACCAUCAUGUAAUCCAAGACACUCGACUCCCUCUUCCUUCCUCGGGAGCCUCCCAUUGGACAGAGGGAAGGGUGUGCAGGUGAUCCUGACAUCCUCAGCCAGUGCCCAUUCAUUAUUGCAGAACAAGAAUACUGUACAUCUUACUAAUGAUAUUUUUUAUUAUCUUUGUUUUCUACAUUCUGAUUGUAAAAUAACAAAUGACCUGAUUGAGUGUACCGAUCUUGUGUGUCUGCCAGGAUUCUCCAUAGUUAGUCCCUGGCAUAGAUUUGCCACAAAAUAAGUACCAUGUUAAAUGUUUGAACCAUUCCAAUUUGUAUUUAAAACAUCUGAAAGGAUACUGAAACAGAUUCCCCUGAAAGAAAAAAGUGCACCAAAAUAAAUGCUUUGCUUCAACACCCAGCCAGCGUUAGCCUCAAAUUCCCCAGCUUCCGCAAUCCCGACGAUGUGAAUUUGACGGGCGUCUCUAAAACCAGUGCAUGUCCGGUACAUGGGGAUAAACUGCUACUAGACAUUCAGCGGCGUAUGUAUCAACAGGGCACUACUGGCUCAUCACUCAUGUUCUCAGACUUGUCUUCUGUGUGCCAUAUGGUUCAUAGCGCUUUGUGAUAGUGAUUGAUUAUUAGCAGCCAGUGGGAGGGGGUAGGACCAGGGAGGGAGGUGGGGGAUAUAGGUCUUUGUGCUUUCUCUCUUCAGAGAACAUAGAGCUUGAGUGAAGGAUCACCACUGUACUUUGGUCUGGGGGAGCUGUGAUUGUUUCUUGUUUGCUUAUUUUUGGGUUCUUGUUUGAGGUUUCUUUUGUCUCUGGGCUAACCCGAGUCGUCGUUUCAUCUCUCAUACAGUAAAAAUGCCCACUGAAUGCAAUGUAUGGAUUUGGAUGUUUAUUCUAUAACAAGGGUUGAAUCUAAUCAGGGUGACGGUGACCUAUUGCAUGGUUUUAUUUGGAUUAAAUGUUAUUACUUUU